AUGGCAGGUCAAGGAGGAGUAUCUUACUCUUACUGGGAUGGUAUUAUACCACCCGAUUGUCAAUCUAAUGAAGAUAUUUUAAGGGUUAAUGUUGAUUUGCAUUGGGAAAUAGCUAAGGAGCCUCUAAAUUAUGGGGUUGAUUGUCUUCGCAAUUGUGGUAUUGGGCCUGGAAUGGCAUUUGCUAAUGCAAUUCUUAACAAGGAUCCAAAUUUUGGUGUAAUAGGUUUAGUUCCUUGCUCUGUGUCUGGAAAAGGAAUUCGCUAUUGGUCACGCGGGAAUAUUCCAUAUGACCAAUUGGUGAAAAAAGUCAAUUUUUCUCUUAAAGAUGGAGGACAACUUCGAGGACUCUUGUGGUUUCAUGGUGAGAGUGAUACAAGGACCAAGUUUGAUGCAACUCGUUACAAACCCAAAUUCCAAAAAUUCAUUCAAAACUUGCGCACUGACUUAAACUUUCCUCACCUUCCACUUCUCAUGGAAUAG